GAGAGACCCCCGCGAAGCCGGAAGGGCCCUGCUGGUCCUUUGGGCUUUGGGUUAUUCGUUGGGCGUUGGAGGCGACUUGGGGAACCUGGACAGGAUGGGGGCCAGCUCCCUGUCGGAAGACUACCGUCUGUGCUUGGAGAGAGAGCGGCGCAGAGGGGGCGCGGGCGUCUGUGCGGACCCCACCCUGCGGGCCGUGCUCUGGCAGAUCCUGGUGGAGGACUUCGACCUGCAUGGGCUGCUCCAGGACGACGCCCUGGCCCUCUUCACCGACGGGCUGUGGGGCCGAAGCGACCUGGCCCCUGCCCUGCGCAACCUGGCCCGAGCGUUCGAGCUUCUGGAGCUCGCCGCUGUCCACCUCUACCUCUUCCCCUGGAGGAAGGAGUUCACCACCAUCAAGACCUUUUCCGGGGGCUACGUCCACUUCCUGAAGGGGGUGCUGUCCGAGGAUCUCAUCACCAAGUGCUUCCAGAAGAUGGGCUACACCAGGAGGGACGAGCAUCACCUGGUGGUGGUCACUCCCCCCCCAGGCUACGAGCUGGUUCAGGUGGCUCUGGGCUGCUUUGCUCUGAGGUUAGAGUGUGAGAUUCUCGGGGAGAUCCUGACCAAGUUGGGGACCAGCCUGCUGUCUUCCGAGGAACUGAUUGAGGAGCGCCGAGCCAGCGGCGACGUGGACACUUGUGUGGACCGGCUGAGGAGGCGGCUAAGUGGAGCCGGGGAGCCGUCCGCCAGGCCCCUGGUCACCUACCCUGCCGGCAUUGACUUGUACAGUGACCUGCUGGAAGAAGAGGGUCCCGAAGAGGAUUCCCUGUACGGUGGCGAGCCCCUAGCUGGGCCAGAGUCGCCCUCCCCGGAGCUCGCCUACCAGCCCCCUAUUUGGGAGCAGAGCGCCAAACUGUGGGGCGCCGGCCACGUGGCCUCCAGCGCCCAGGAGCUUCGGGAGAACGGGAGCAGCUGGGAGGCUCCGAGCGCGGAGGAGCCCGUGGAGGAGAGCCUGUCCUACGAGGCCUUCGAAGAGCCCACGGAAGAGAGAACCACCUUCUCCUUCAUCGCCUUGAGGCGGGAGCUGACCCCAGAAGCUGCCGGGCCCAAGAGCCCCAGUCGUUCCCCCCGGCACGCCAGGAUCGGGGGGCGCCUCGAGGCUGCCGAAGGGGCUCCGGUUUCUCCCUCUGCCUCUGGCGGGGAGCCCCUGCGCUACCAGCUUCAUGGUUGCCUGCCAGUGGGCACGCUGCCCGCCUACUGCUGCGAUACCUGCUGCCAGCUCCAUGCCAGCCACUGCCAGGCUGUCUACAGCUGCCGCUUGGGCCACACGCUGCACGAGCUGCAGAGUGAGAAGCAGCGACGUCUCUGGCUGCAGAGGACCCAGCUGGACUCCUUGCUUUAUGAGAGUCCCUCCAGGGCCAGGCCUUAGGAGGAGUUGGGCCACGGGGAACCCCCAAAUUGGAAGGCUUGUCCCCCCUCCGUCUCCAAGGAGAAGCCCGGCUUCUCCCCUGGUUCACAGAGGGGGCAGAAUCCCCGUCCCCUGACCAUGACCCUCGGCCCCCCUCCAAGUAGACGGCCACAGGCAGCUUUAUGUGGGUGCUCAGCCCGGGGGAGGCCUGGCUUCGCCGUCCUUCUGCCACCCACUACUUGUGCCAGCUUCGUGACGUCGCUCGUCUCCCCCGUUUGCAGCGCAGGAAACUCGGGCCCUGGAAGACUUACCCACCUUAUCGACCUCAGUAUCUGACAAAGUGAACAGCGCUACAGCGAUGCCAGCUGGAAUCCUGGAGGGAAUUCCCAUCUCUUGGAAAUGGAAGGCAAAUAGUGAGGGCAUGAGAAAGCCAGGGGGGCUCGCUAUGAAAACAAACCCUCUCCCCAUCACCUUCAGCAUCUAGGUGGAAGCCCUUCCGCCAGGGAGAGCUGCUUUCUGGAGGGCCCCCUUCGGUGGGAGGGUUUGUAUUUGUUGGGGGGCUGGCCCUUCUGCCAGGGAAGGAGCUGUUUUCUGGAGGGCCCCCUUCGGUGGGAGGGUUUGUAUUUGUUGGGGGGCUGGCCCUUCUGCCAGGGAAGGAGCUGCUUUCUGGAGGGCCCCCUUCGGUGGGAGGGUUUGUAUUUGUUGGGGGGCUGGCCCUUCCGCCAGGGAGAGCUGCUUUCUGGAGGGCCCCUUCGGUUGGGGGGCUGGCCCUUCCGCCAGGGAGAGCUGCUUUCUGGAGGGCCCCCUUCGGUGGGAGGGUUUGUAUUUGUUGGGGGGCUGGCCCUUCUGCCAGGGAAGGAGCUGCUUUCUGGAGGGCCCCCUUCAGUGGGAGGGUUUGUAUUUGUUGGGGGGCUGGCCCUUCCGCCAGGGAGAGCUGCUUUCUGGAGGGCCCCCUUCGGUGGGAGGGUUUGUAUUUGUUGGGGGGCUGGCCCUUCCGCCAGGGAGAGCUGCUUUCUGGAGGGCCCCCUUCGGUGGGAGGGUUUGUAUUUGUUGGGGGGCUGGCCCUUCUGCCAGGGAAGGAGCUGCUUUCUGGAGGGCCCCCUUCAGUGGGAGGGUUUGUAUUUGUUGGGGGGCUGGCCCUUCCGCCAGGGAGAGCUGCUUUCUGGAGGGCCCCCUUCGGUGGGAGGGUUUGUAUUUGUUGGGGGGCUGGCCCUUCUGCCAGGGAAGGAGCUGCUUUCUGGAGGGCCCCCUUCGGUGGGAGGGUUUGUAUUUGUUGGGGGGCUGGCCCUUCUGCCAGGGAAGGAGCUGCUUUCUGGAGGGCCCCCUUCGGUGGGAGGGUUUGCAUUUGUUGGGGGGCUAGCCCUUCUGCCAGGGAGAGAGCUGCUUUCUGGGGAAGGAGGGCCCCCUCCAGUGGGAGGGUUUGUAUUUGAUGAUCGGGGGCUGGUCGGCCCCUCUGCCCUGCCCAGAGGACUCCAGCCACAACAUUCCCUUCCUGACAAGGCCCCUGUGACCCCUGGGGCUGACCAUGAAAGAAGGGUGGCCGUCUGUAUUAAAGUGAGGUGAUAUUGUGUUCACUA